CGAGUGUCACAAAUGUCAACUGCACGUGUAACGUAAUCGUUCAGAAUUAUAAUGAAUUACUUCGUAAUCCAAUAACGAAUACGGGCUGCUCUCGUGUUCUCGUAGAGUUCGAAAUUAAGCAUAUCAGCAAUAAAGAAUAAUAGCAAUAGGUGUCGGAUGCGCACUGCAUGGUCCAGGGUCCAGUUAGUCCAGCAAUUACAGUAUACAUACAUAUAGUUUGUUAGUUCACUGGCUAUCUGAGUCUGAGCACUGGCGAAGCGAAGGUGAAGGCGAAGGUGGGCGAAGGGAUCGUGCACGGUCGUAUUUACGUACUUAAAAGCCAAGUUCAUCUUGUCGCAAGUGUAUUUUAAGUAUACUUAUGAAACAUAAAUAAACGAUGGGUGCUCUGACGAGUCGACAAAACGCUGGAGUAGAAGAAGUUGACAUCGUUUCGAAUCAUGCAUAUAAAUAUCCUCCUCGUUCAGGAAGUUAUUUCGGUAGUCAUUUUAUAAUGGGCGGUGAACGGUUCGAUACACCUCAGCCAGAAGCAUAUCUUUUUGGAGAGAACGCCGAUUUAAAUUUCUUAGGAAGUCGCCCAACCCCAUUUCCAUACCCACCGCCACAAGCUAACGAGCCUACCAAAACGUUAAAGAGUUUAGUGAACAUAAGACGAGAAUCGUUGAGAUUGAUUAGGAACGUUGAUCAAACUUCGACGUCGCCACAGUGUCAGACCGUCGUCGUGAAGCAUUACGGGGGGGAUGGAUGUGACAUUGAUAAAAAACCGAGUCGUUAUAAUAUUGAAUUCACAUUUGAUUGCGACGUGAGAUGUGCAAUUACGAUAUAUUACUUUUGCACCGAAGAAGUGACAACGAAAGGCGUUACGUACACGCCAAGAGAUCCAUCUAUGAAUUCUGAAACAUAUUAUUAUAAGAAAGGUGCAAAUCAAUUAUUUUCGCAAACAUCCCAUGUAUUUGACCCGAGAGCCUACAGUAAAGAAGAUUUAUUGUACAACGCUGAUAGGGAAAUAAUACCAAUAGCCAUUCACUGCGUCGCCGAAGAAGGUACCGAUGAACCGAAACAGUCUCACACGACCAUCGCUGUCGUUGAGAAACAUUCGGAUGGAACGUAUGUACUAAAAGCCCUCAAACAAAAACUGUUCGUCGAUGGUCUUUGUUACUUGCUUCAAGAGAUAUACGGAAUUGAAAACAAGAACGGCGAGAACGCUAAGCAACAGGGGAGCGACGAAGAUACGGAUGACAAUGGAUCCGAGUGCGUUAUCUGUAUGUGCGACGUACGAGACACUUUGAUACUACCGUGCAGACACUUGUGUUUGUGCAACAACUGCGCGGAUUCACUUCGAUACCAAGCGAACAACUGUCCGAUAUGCAGAGCUCCUUUCAGGGCACUCCUUCAAAUUAAAGCUCUGCAGAAAGCGACCGGAGCCAUAGUAUCGAAUCCACCUUUUCCGCCAGAGGGAAGUUGCGAAAUCAUACCGGCUGGAUACGAAGCCGUCUCUCUCAUAGAAGCUUUGAACGGUCCGUACAUUCCAAGGACCGCGGCUCUCGCGCCAGAAUCUCCAGAUACGCCCGAUACAGAUACGGUCAGCGCGAUUCAAGCAGCGGAAGCAUUGAACAGAUCUGCCGAACGUACGCCCGUAUCGAAACACGUGUCGAAAGAAGCAGAUGUAUCUGCAAGAACGAGUGGCACUACCGCGUGCCCUACGCCAGAAUUCCGGAUGUCAGUUUUAUUGGCCAGAGACGAGCAUUCCGGGUCGCAGAAAGAUCUUCAUAAUCGAUCACCUGCCGCGAUGAGAAUGAAAUCGUCUGGACACAUACGAGAAAAAGCGGCGUUACGAUCACGGGACACGCUCAGACUUGUAAACGAGAAACAACCUACGUCUCUUUACGAGGGGCAAACACAAGACGAAGACAGUGAGGCCGAGAAAUUGUCUCCGUUGUUGGACGCAGCGACUAGUACGGAAGCGUUGAACGCUCAAAGUCGUGAUAUUUGCGAUAUGGACAUGGACGACGAGAUUCCAAACGUGGAAAAUGAAAACGACGACGAUAAUAAUAUCACGUGUCAUUCACAUUGAGCGUUCGCGCGAAAUCAUUUUCAUCUUGGAAAUCGAAUCGGUCGAAUUAUCUUUAAUAUCUUUUGUACUGUAUACAUAUAAAGUCGCGUUUCUCGCGAAAAUUCUGAUCAAUGUAAAUAACAUGUUAUGUAGAUAUAAAAUUUGGACGAUGGACGAAAAUGAAAAUUGAAA